CUGCAGUAACGUGUGUGGCUGUUCGUGGGGGAGGGAGGUAAACAAGAUGGCGACAACCUGAGAGGCUGGAGUAGCACGGAGAGUGAAGGAAAAAUUACUGGUAUUGUGUGUUACACUCCAGAGAAGCGUUUACCUCACCAAGGACGGACACACAAAGUGGAAAUAAACCCCACGACGGACACUUAUUCAUUCGGAUAAAGGUUCUAAUCUGUACGAACUACGGCAACAUGGAGGACACCUGAGGACGGUUCAACACAUUCGGUGGUUCAGUCGACCUCCAGGAGCCUGACUGACACCAGCUAUUGGAUUGAUCCUGCUGCAUGUUCCGGUGGUUAUUCUAUGCUUGGAUCCAGUCCAGCUUUACCCUCUUAUGUGUCCUAUGGAAAGUAUGCCACCCAGCAAGGACCUCUGACAGAAAUGCAGUGCUGCAAGGCCCUAAAGCAAGACUGGUUUCAUUUACCUAAAGUUGUAUGGUAUUAAAGAUAAAACAAGAAGUCUGUCAAAAAGGAGAAUACCAUUGCAGAAUCGCCAUUUUUCUCAUUUUUGUUUGAACUGCAGUCAUCGUAGCUCAUAUUGCACAGUCAAAAGCACUAAAUCAGCACUUGAGCCAACAGGUUCUGCACCUCUUUUAGCUUGUACAGAAAGAGCCCUAAUGUUUACAGGUUUCAUAUUGAUCAUCCACCUCCAGGCCUCAUUUCUCUCUCUCUCAUUUGUCAGUAUUUUCUGGAAACACUCGGUUAAGUGCUGAAAGGUUAACCGCGGUUUACACCAUACCACCAGUCGUAGCCGGUUUUUUUAAAGCUUUUUUUUCUUUUGCACACGAGGCUUAAGCAGUGGUUCUACAACAACCAGUCAUGAGUGCCGGGGAGCUGCAUCAUCUUGAUUAUCUAAAUGAAAAUGAGCUUAUGGAGAUGGAUACUUUUAUUCACCGCAUUGACUCUACCGAGGUGAUCUACCAACCUCGGAGGAAGAGGGCAAAGCUAAUAGGAAAGUACCUGAUGGGGGAUCUGCUAGGAGAAGGAUCGUACGGCAAAGUGAAAGAAAUGCUGGACUCGGAAACACUUUGUCGCAGGGCUGUCAAGAUACUGAAGAAGAAGAAGCUCAGGAGGAUUCCCAACGGAGAGGCGAAUGUGAAAAAGGAGAUUCAGCUGCUAAGAAGACUCCAACACAAGAAUGUGAUUCAGUUAGUUGAUGUGCUCUACAACGAGGAGAAGCAGAAAAUGUAUAUGGUGAUGGAGUAUUGUGUUUGUGGGAUGCAAGAGAUGUUGGACAGCGUUCCAGAGAAAAGGUUUCCAGUAUUUCAAGCUCACGGGUACUUUUGCCAACUAUUAGAUGGCCUUGAAUAUUUGCACAGCCAGGGAAUUGUUCACAAAGAUAUUAAACCAGGAAAUCUGCUGCUGACCACAGAUGGAUCACUUAAAAUCUCCGACCUUGGAGUAGCAGAGGCCCUUCAUCCGUUUGCAGAGGACGACACGUGUCGCACCAGUCAGGGCUCGCCGGCCUUCCAGCCUCCAGAGAUCGCCAACGGUCUGGACACCUUUUCGGGGUUUAAAGUGGACAUUUGGUCUGCUGGAGUAACACUAUACAACAUUACAACAAGUCUUUAUCCGUUUGAGGGAGACAACAUCUAUAAGCUAUUUGAGAACAUUGGGAAAGGAGACUACACUAUUCCCGAAGAAUGCGGACCUCUCUUGUCUGACCUGCUGCAAGGAAUGCUUGAGUACGACCCUUCAAAGAGGUUUUCCAUACAAAACAUAAGGCAACACAACUGGGUGCGAAAGAAACACCCUCCAUCUGAGCCCCCCGUACCCAUCCCUGCCAGCGCAGAAAGCAGGGAUCCAUGGCGGAGUAUGACAGUGGUUCCCUACCUGGAAGAUUUACAUGGCUACGCAGAGGAUGAUGACGACGAGCUCUACGACGGCGAGGAUGAGAUCAUUUACACUCAGGACUUCACAGUGCCAGGGCAAGUGGCUGAAGAAGACCACGAUCAAGGGAGCGCUGAUCCCAGUCUAGCUGUAGCCAAGCCAGUUUGUGUGAACGGGACAGAAGGAGGGUCUCUAAACAGCAAAACCAAAGCUGAACGCAGGUCCUCCUCCUCGUCCAACCCCUCACGUAAAGGAGUCACCACAGCCAGCAAAAUCCGCAAGCUCUCCACUUGCAAACAACAAUGACAGCCUUCACCUUCUUCUCAAAGCAACAACCCACCUGGUUAUCUGUCCCCAUCCUUCUGUAUCAGGAGUCUGGUGACAUUUAUGGCCCCGCCCCCUCCCCCCGUGAACCUGCAGAGUCUGAUUUGCAAGAGAUCCAAGAGUAGGACAAUAUGAAAUGCACCCCCAUCCCCCGAGACUGAGGCACUUGCUGUGAAGAUGGUGUUUAUUUUUCUUCCAGUAUUUUGGCUCCUUUCAACAUUGUGUUACCCUGCUCAGUCAUCUGGUUAUCUGGUUCCCUCUUCCUCCUCCUCCUCCUCCUCCAAUCUGUUAUUCUCGUCAGGAGACCAAGUGUUGCACCGGACAUUUCAGACACCCCUUCUCUGCCCCCCUCCACCCCCAGCUCCUGUUUCUCUGACUACCUUUGUUUUUAAUUGAACCCUGACUGCAGUUUCUAAUACACAUUGUGAUGUGUACAAAAAAAACUAAACAAAAAAAAUUAAAGUGGAAAACAAAAACAAAACUUAUGAAUAAUUCUAUGUUUAAGCCUAUUGUGGUAUUACCAGCAACAUAAAAACUGCAUGCUGAAAGCUGAAAGAAAGUGAAUAGAGUUUGGUUUGUGAAGAAACGGAAGUCAGACUAACUCUAUUUAGGUUUUAUUUUUCCAAUGAAUAUAUUUUUUUUAACUGUUAUUUAUAAAGAAUGUGUCCCAAAGGGGCUGUUUUCUUAAAUUAUCUUUUUCUGGUUGAGUUUGAGUUCAGUAUAUCUUCAGUACGACUCAGCUGUUUUUAUUUCAUCGUCACAAGGUCAUUAUAAUGCUGCAUCAUCUCUUUCUGAUGCUUGCUACCAUUUUGUAGACCGUACCGCUGCCACUCAUUCGCAGGCAGUGGGUUCUGACAAUUGCCCAAUCUUUUUUUUUAUUUUUUUGUGGGGGGGUGAUGCUUUGUUGUGCCGAUCACAUCCGCAAGCCCUGCCCCGCUCUUACGCAGUCAGGCCCAUCAUGAGCUCCUCACUGGGAAUAGAUCAGAGAGCAGGUGAGUCACAACUGUGAGGGAGGGGCUUCUCACGUCAGCAAGGUCAGCACAGAGACUCUGCGUCCAACGAGAAGACAGGAGCGCAGCACGGUGGAGGACGGAGAGACGCCUGGUGUUAACAGGCUGAGGAACAUUUCCGCACCCUGAUUAGUAUGUGAGGACACACUUCAGGUUUCUGUUCUUUUGUUAAAGAUUGUGCCAUUUUUGACAGUUUCAUCCUGUGCUUCAUGAGUCACAGCAGAGGUGGGGGGGGGGGAAGAGAAAAAAAAAUCAAAAGGUGGAAUAGGUUUUUUUUUUUGUUUUGUUUUGUUUUUGUUCCGGGACUUGCUGCAGUUGGUUCAUCUGUCAAGGCUGUAGGCCAUCCCAAUUUUCCACACUACUUGUUUUACAAUAAAGCAGAGGGUGYAACAUGAAUGAGAAUAAA